AUCUUUGCAGCUUCCUUUGUUAUUCGUUACUAAUUAACCGUGCUCAUCAUAAUAUUAUAUAACACUGGAAAGGUAAGGAAGAGUAACAUACGAGCAACGAAUAGCUCAGUAAUUUAUUUUGGGAACGAAUUGGCGGACGAUGUCUUCUUUCCGAUAUCUUUCGAGCAAAAAUGCUGCUCUUGUUCUCAAAGGAUUGGAAUCUUUACUCGAUCUGGAAGAGCUUUGUGAUGUAAUCCUUCGAACAGAAGAUGGUUUCUCGAUAUCGGCACACCGCAAUGUUCUCUCCGUCGGCAGCCCAUACUUCAGGGCCAUGUUCUUGGGACAACUGAAAGAGAGCAGAAGAGAAGAUAUCACUCUAAAAGGGGUUACCGGUGAAGCUCUUCGAUGUAUUGUUCGGUUUGUGUACACCUCUUCAAUAGACGUGAAUGACGCAAAUGUUGAUGAUGUUCUUAGCGCUUCGGACCUUUUCCAGAUGAAAGAAAUUACUACCGUUUGUUGCCAGUUUCUUAAAGAGCAACUUCGGCCGUCAAAUUGCUUGGGAAUAGCAGCUAUUGCCGGUGGCUUUUCCUGCGAAGAACUUUGGAGUGAGGCGCGCAAGUUUGCGGUAAAACACUUCAAUGAGGUAAUAAAAUGUGAUGAGUUCAAGGAUCUGUCGUUAGACGCAGUCAAAGAUCUGCUUUCAGACGAAAAUGUGUGCAUUCGAUCAGAGGAAGAUGUUUAUAAUGCAGCUGUUGAAUGGUUGACGUCUUUUGGCGAUCGCCUGAAAUACUCGUCGGAAAUACUAAGUUGUGUACGGCUACCUGUUUUGUCUCCUACAUUUCUCCGUUCACAGGUGAUGAGUAAUGAGUGGGUUAUAAAUGAUCCUGAGUGUAAGCAGAUGCUAGAUGAAGCCCUUUCCUAUGCUUCUUCCCCUUCAUCUGAAAAGCGUAAGCACUCUUCAGCAGUAAGAAUGAGGCCACGAGUCCACUCGGGGUUUGCUGAUGUCAUGGUUGCCAUUGGUGGUCUCCACCUUGGUAGUCCUGUGGCAUCAGGGGAACAAUACAACAUGUACACUGAUGAAUGGUCACCUAUUGAAGACAUGCCUACCCUGCGGUAUGGUGUUGCUGUUACUCAGCUUCAUGGACAGAUAUAUUGUCUGGGAGGGUUUGAAAGUGGGAAGUACUUGAGCACAGUUGAAGCUUAUGACCCUGAGGAAAAUUCAUGGAUGAUAUGCCCACCGAUGCUUGUGUCUAGAAAAUACUUUGGUGCAACCUCCCUCGGUGGUAAAAUUUUUGCUUUUGGAGGCUCCAACAGCCAUCAUCGGCUCAAAAGUGUAGAAUGCUUUGAUCCAUAUGAGAAUCAAUGGACCUUUGUCUCACCUAUGCUGUGCCCAAGAAUGUACUUAGCAGUUGGAACACUGGGGGGAUUGGUGUAUGCCGUGGGAGGACAUGAUGGCUUAUCACGCCUGAGUAGUGUGGAGUGUUAUGACCCUCAGAGUGAUGAAUGGAGCUAUGUAGCUCCCCUAGGUAAGCCAAGAUCUGUUGCUGGUGUAGCAGCCCUUGGUGGCCUCUUGUAUGUCAUUGGUGGAUUUGAUGGGAACAAUUAUCUUCGUAAUGUUGAUGUCUAUGAUCCUGAGACAAAUUCUUGGACUGCAGCAUGUCCACUGAAUGAACAGCGCUCUGCUACCAGUGUUGCCGUAAUGAAAGGAAGGAUUUUUGCCAUUGGUGGCUUUAAUGGACAGUUCUUGUCAAGUGUUGAGGUCUAUGACCCUGAAAUUAACCAGUGGAGUUACGUAAAUAAUAUGUCAAUUCCAAGAGUACAUUUUGGUGCCACUGUUGUGUAGUACAUGUGAUUUAUUUUUGUAUAAGAUAGUUUAAAAUUCAGUCUUUGGGGAUGUUUCCAUCACUGGGAGGAAAUGUCUUUAGGCAGUUGGAAGUGUUCUAACCCUUUCACUCUGAAGAUCUCAUGAUUGCUGGUAAUUCUCCUUACUGUCUGUCUUACAAUUCUUGUGAUGUUUGGUGGGAGAAUUUGGUAUCUCCUUAAUUGCUUUUUUCUUCAUUAUCAUCACUUUUCUGUUGAUAUUGUAUUGAUAUAGGGAGGAGAAAUUAUUUCUUGGUCGCUCAUUGGAGUGACAGGGUUGGAUCCAAGGAUUUCCUACAAGCAGCAGAGUUAAUGAAAAUUUAGGAGGAAAUAGCCAUUGUGAUGUUUGAAUGCCCCUCUAAGUUUUAUUAUGGAUUAUGUUAUGCUAUAUGUUUA